GGCAUCAAAUGAAAUUGAUCCAUCUGUUCAAAAAAUGUUACUAAAGGUAAAAAAUAACGACUUUAAUACUGAAAUUACGGUCAAUACGGUUCAUCUUGGGAUACUAAUAUACCAUUUGGUUUGUAUAUUUGACAGUGAUUAUAUUCACUUUAGGCUGCCUUAUUUGGACGAUCAUUUUUAUCAUUGAAAUUAAAUCCAACACCAAAUAUUGGAACAAAACGAGAAUCACCAAUAAAAAUACAAACAAAUAAUACAUUUUCAAAUAUUAUUAUGUGUUUACAUUUGAUUAAUAAUCUUCAAGAUAAGUCCAUUUCAUUGCCACUGACCUAUAAACAAUUUGAUUGUCUUGGAAUUCAAGCAUUAAUCAAUCGUUUAGUUCGACGUAAUUUACACGAGUUUGCAACAAAAUUAACAAAAUUUCUCAACAUACCAGCUGAUGAAGGAGAAAAUCGUAUAUUAGUUCAAUGGGCUGUUCAAGAAAUUAAUAAUCCGACUAAUACAAAUGAAGAAUCAAUUUCAGAAAUAAUUAAAAGUCGUUUAGAAAACGUAUCUGGAAUACCAUUUAUCGAAAUAAUUGGUGCAGCAUUUCUUGCUAAAAAAACAAUUGUUGUGAGACGAUUAUUAGAUGUUAAAGUGACUAUUAAUGAUCAGGUGGAUAUAUUAUUAACAUUAGGUGACAAAGAAGAAGCUUUGCAACGCGCAUUAAAAAGUGAAAAUACCGAUUUAGUUCUUUAUGUUCUGAUGCGUAUUAAAGCCGAUGAAUCACUUACAGAUUAUAUGUUAAGAUUAAAAAAACUUAAAUCUCUUCCAAUUAAUCUUCAUUUAGAAGUAAGUUUUUCUUAUCUUAUCUAAAUAAGUGUUAUUUUAAUCCUUUUUUAUUUUGUUUACUAUACAAUCAUUAUCAAACACAUAGUAAAUGAAGAAAACAUGAGACAUUGAUUGAUGAGAUUGCACCGAGUCUUACGACCUAAUCUCAAAGAUCGGCUAGUUUCAGUAUUCAGCCUCUCCCAACCCAGCUCAACCAAAGCUUCUAUAUCAGACAGAAAAUAUUUGAAAGAUCGAUUUUCUGGAAGAUCUCUAGGAAAUCACCUCGGAUCUCUAGAAACCACAUAGGAAUCUCUUGAUUCUUUUUUUCAUAGAUAGAUAGUCCGAAGUGUCUUCUACAAAAUUAGAUUUAAGCAAAAAAUUUGGUUUUGCUUGGUUCAGGUGCUACAGACAUUUUAGAAAACUCAAUGAAUU